AUGAAACAACGUGUUCUUGAUCUGCAGAAAACUCUUGAAUUUAAUGAUCUCUCCCUAACACAAUCCAGAAACGAAGAGUUCAGACGUUUACCUCCAGAAGUCAAUGUUUCAUUACCAGUAUUUUCUCCUCAGAAAAUUAACACAAAACAGCUUAAUCAACUCUUUGGUUCUCUGUCAGAAUUAUCAAUGAAAACGAAACAUGGCUACACAAUGGAGACACCAGAAGCUGUGUCCAGUCCUCCAGUCAAACCACUGCUUAAUGAACCAGAGCUCAUCACCACCAUCACCACCAAACAUGAUGACAUUGCGGUGACAAAAAGUGGGGAUCUAAUCUAUACCGACUAUAAAAGAGGGUCAGUUAAUAAAGUAAGAAAGAGACAAAUCGUGGAAUUGAUUAGACUACAGGGAUGGAAACCUAGCAAUGUCUAUAGUACCUUUGCUGGUGACCUCCUGAUAAUCAUGGACAGUGAUGAUGGAGAGCAAUCAAAGCUUGCUCGUUACACUGGCCAAAUAGAAAGAGAAACCUUUCAGUUUGUUAAUACAGUUAAACCUCUGUAUUCAUCCGGUUACUUCACAAAAUACAUCAGUGAGAACAGGAACCUAGAUAUUUGUGUUGCAGACUUUUUAGCCAAAGCAGUAGUGGUGGUUAAUCAAGCUGGAAAUUUGCGAUUUAGAUACACUGGUCAUUCAUCUACUACCAAAACUUUUUUUGAACCAGUCGGCGUCACAACAGACAGUCAGAGUCAAAUCCUUACAUCAGAUUGUUUCAACAGCUGUAUCCACAUCUUCGACCAAGACGGACAGUUCCUAAGUUACAUUGAAAAUUGUGAACUAUUUCGUCCAUGGGGUUUAUGUGUGAACACUAAAGACCAUCUCUUUGUAGCUGAGUCUGACAGUAAAAAGGUUAAACAAAUAAAAUACAUGUAA